AUGGCUCAGUCCAUGACCCCAAUGGAAGAUGCUCUGCGGACCAAAAUUACAGAAGCUUUGAAGCCAACUUCGCUCGAGAUCUUCAAUGACUCACAUAAGCAUGCGCAUCACAAAGCCAUGCAAGGAGUCACCAGCAGAGAGACGCACUUCCGGGUUUUCAUCACCUCACCAGAGUUCAAAGGCAAGAUGCAACUUGCACGCCACCGCAUGAUCAACUCCUUGAUGAAGGAAGAACUCGCCAAAGAAGGCGGUAUCCAUGCGCUGCAACUCAUUACCAGGACACCAGAGGAGGAAGAGGCCAGGAAACAGAAGGAAGCAGUUCAGGCAUGA